GGAACGCACCUUGUAUAAUUAAAUACUAUUAGAAAAGUCGUGCCUUUUUAAAAACGAGUACCUCUAUUACGUUUUCAACUCCACUCAGUUGAAUUGAAGUUAAUGCAACCAUAUUAAUUUUUGGUAUUACGAACUUCAACUAUUUUCAGUCGAUAAUACAUGUUGUCAGACUAGAAAGUUAAGAUUUUAAAGUUAAUACCACAACAAUUCACUGCAGUUUUUGCUCAGGAAAAGGUGAAUAAUUAUUAAAAACUGAUAUAUUACAAUGACAAAACGUUGGGGCUAAAUGAUGUGCUGAGCAUAAGAAAAAGCCUAUGUGAUUAAAUCCGUUGUAAUUUCCUAACAUCAAUUUUUUUCUAAAUGAGGUGACGGAACAUUACCACAAACUCUUUUUCCUUGCUGCCGAUAGUUAAUCAUAAAUGAUUUUAACUUUGGGCUGAAACAACUUGCGAUAUACAUAUGUACAUAUGUAUAUAGACGUUACAAAAAAUGAUUUUAAAUAUGAGGGAAAUUCAGAAUCUUUUGCAUCUUAGUUUGCAAAAUUAUGAAAUUGCAAAUAUUUACCAUCAACAAUGAACGUCUUUUUUGUGGUUUCUGUGCAACCCUUGCAAAGACCAUUAAUUCACAGCUGAUCGGCGAAGAAAAACAUUGUUUGUCAACAAAAUUUUUGCACAAAUUGGAAAAUGUGCCGAAAAAAAGUUUUAGGGAAAAAUUAACUGACGCUUUAAUUAAUGAAGCUGCUGAAGAAAUUAUGGACAUUGAUGAAAUCGAAAGUGAUGAUGACGCAGUGGAUGCAGUUUUAGAUGAAUUGGCUGACAAUAUAUCUGUUAUGGAAUGUCGACGAGGAGUUUACUGCACAAUACCUAAGUCAGACAUUUAUCGCAAUAAUAUUUUGACAACACUGGACGAAGACCGAUUCCGCCAAAUGUUAAGAGUAGAUAGAGACCAAUAUAAGGUGCUGGUUGAGUUAAUAAAAAACGAUGAGCAAUUCAACAAAGCGCGCUCAUGUAAGCAAUUUUCUGUAGAAUAGCAAUUAGCAAUCACAUUGUUUCGAUUGUGUUUGUGGGAGAAAGCGCAGCAUAUAGAAAAAUAGCGACAAUUUUGAAGAUUGAAGACCAUAUAUCAUACUUCUCCAGAAAUCACAUAUAUUCAAUAAAAGCACAUAAAAGUGACUAUAAACGAGUAAAAGUGAUGCCCGUAUAUAUGCUGUAUUCUCUUCAACAUUUUUAUUAAUAAUGGUUCCACUUCGUCCGAUGACGGUUCAGAUUCGUCCACCACUACGGAAGAUUCUAUUGAACCUGAUGACCAUAUACUCAACAAUG